AUGAAGGAAAGUGACUCAAGAGUCACGGCCAUGACUCUUAAAAGGGAAAGAAAAAGCUUACGGCUAACUCUUAAAAAGGAAGAAAGCAUAGUCAAAGCCACAAUCAACCUUAUAAAAGUAUGGAUAAUUUACGCCUAUGACCAACUUAGUCAUGGGAUGACCUUUAUCAAGUCACAGCGAAGUGGCUUGAUUCACACGAGCAUGACAACCGAUUUUCCUAUUCUUCGAGAUUACGGAGUGA